AAUGAAUUUAAAACAUUAUUAGUAUGGUAAUGGAGCAUUUGUAUCUGCCGUAGGUACACGCGUCAGCACAGUGUCCAAGAAAGGCCCUUUCAAUCUCAAAUUCUCUCAAUUCUCAAAAUCGGAACCCAAAAGUUUAGAAUAAUUUAUUAAAAAUAUUUGUUGGUCACCAAACACCAACUUUACCACCGUUGCAUUUGAUAAUUAUAAUUUAUAAUCUUCCAUUUAUUUCUCAUAACGUGACUAAUGCAAACUAUCAGGAAAUCUUUCAAAUCGUAUGGUUCAUACAACAAACGUUCUGGAAGGUUUCCCAGCACCGGAAACCCCGAUUCCGACCCCGAGCAGCUCCCUAUUCUCCUCGACCAAGAAAACCACCGUCACACCCAUUCUUUUCCGAUGGCCGGAGAUUGCGUCGUUAAGAUCGACGACGCCGACCCUUCUCAGACAAACAAGAUUUGGAGGGAGUCCAGCUAUGAUUUCUGGCAGGAAGAAGGCAAUGCUCACGAAGAGAGCUUCGAUUUUCGCCAAAAGGGUCAGGCGGAGGACCCGCCGUCGCAGCUGAUCGGAAGGUUUCUCCACAAGCAGAAGGUCUCCGGCGGAGAGAUGUCGCUGGACAUGGAUUUGGAGAUGGAGGAGCUUCAGAACGACGGCAGCGGCAAGUUGACGCCGGUGGAGGAGUCUCCGAUGACCCACCGUGUCUCCAGGGAGCUCAAGGUCUCCUUCGAGGAACCCGCUUCCAAUGUCGUCGUCGACGAUCUUAGAAGAAGGCACAGCAAGGACUCGCCGUCGCUCUCGGAGUUUCAACGCCCUCCGCAACCGCCCCAUCACGACCGUCUCAGGUCGGCGUCGCCGUCUCCAGCGGGUAACGGCGGUGACGGCGAGGUGGUGAGGUGCACCUCCAACGCUUCCUUUGAGAGGAACCUCUCGAUGCAGAGGAAGUCCGCGUUGUUGAAGGUGAAAACCAGGUCCAGAUUAAUGGACCCGCCAGAAGAACCCGAUAAGAAAUCGAGUCGGGUUUUGAAAUCGGGGCAACUCCUUUCCGGGUUUCUGGGGAAGAAGGGUGACGACGAGGAGGAAGAUCCGUUUUUGGAAGAGGAUCUUCCCGAUGAGUUUAAAGAGAACCAUUUUAGCUUCUGGAUUCUUCUUGAGUGGUUGAGUUUGAUUUUGAUCAUUGGUGUGUUGAUUACAACGCUUAGUAUUCCGUAUUUGAGGAACAAGAAUCUUUGGAACCUCAAGUUGUGGAAAUGGGAGGUGAUGGUUCUUGUUUUAAUAUGUGGCAGGUUGGUUUCUGAUUGGGUUAUUAGGAUUGCCGUGUUCUGCAUUGAGAGGAAUUUCCUCUUGAGGAAGAGGGUGCUCUAUUUUGUGUAUGGUGUGAAGAAGGCUGUUCAGAAUUGCAUGUGGUUGGGGCUUGUUUUGAUUGCAUGGCAUUUGUUGUUUGAUAAGAGGGUCCAGAGGGAGACCAACAGUAAUUUCCUUGAGUAUGUUACUAAGGUGUUGGUAUGUUUCUUGGUGGGAACUCUGGUUUGGUUGGUGAAAACUCUUGUGGUUAAGGUCCUGGCUUCUUCUUUCCAUGUGAGCACCUACUUUGAUAGGAUUCAAGAGUCACUUUUUAAUCAGUUUGUGAUUGAAACACUUUCUGGGCCUCCUUUGGUGGAGCUGCAAAAGGCUGAAGAGGAGGAGGAAAGGCUUGCUGACGAGGUUCAGAAGCUGCAGAAUGCUGGGGUUACCAUACCCCCUGACCUUAGAGCCACUGCAUUCUCCAACAUCAAGAGUGGGAGGUUGAAGAGUGGAGCGCUCCAGAAAAGCCCCAGAAUUAAGAGUGGCAAGUUUUCAAGGCCACUUUCUAAGAAGUCUGAUGAUGGCAAUGGGAUAACUAUUGAUCACUUGCAUAAGCUCAAUCCCAACAAUGUCUCUGCAUGGAAUAUGAAAAGGUUAAUGAAUAUGGUCAGGCAUGGUGCUCUUUCUACAUUGGAUGAACAUAUACUUGAUAGCCCUCAUGAUGAUGAGAAUGCCACGCAAAUUCGAAGUGAAAACGAGGCUAAAGCAGCUGCAAAGAAAAUAUUUCAGAAUGUUGCUAGGCGCGGAUGCAGGUACAUAUACCCGGAGGACUUGAUGCGUUUUAUGCGAGAAGAUGAAGCUGCAAAAACCAUGAAUCUCUUUGAAGGAGCCACCGAUACUGGGAGAAUCAGCAAAUCAGCCUUGAAGAACUGGGUGGUCAAUGCCUUCAGGGAAAGAAGAGCACUUGCUUUGACAUUGAAUGACACCAAAACGGCAGUGAACAAACUUCACCGAAUGCUGAAUUUUGUAGUUGCAAUUAUUAUACUGGUUAUUUGGCUCUUGAUAUUGGAAAUUGCCACCACCAAAUUCCUCCUCUUCGUGAGCUCACAACUUGUCUUGGUUGCAUUUAUAUUUGGAAACACCUGCAAGACCAUAUUUGAAGCAAUUAUUUUCUUAUUUGUCAUGCACCCAUUUGAUGUGGGAGAUAGGUGUGAAAUUGAUGGCGUUCAGAUGGUUGUGGAAGAAAUGAACAUAUUGACUACCAUAUUUCUGAGAUAUGAUAAUCAAAAGGUUAUCAUCCCGAACAGUGUCCUUGCUACCAAGGCCAUAUAUAACUAUUACCGUAGUCCUGACAUGGGAGAUGCUAUUGAAUUCUGCAUACAUGUAACUACCCCACUUGAAAAGGUUUCACUUAUGAAACACAGAAUACAAAGUUACAUUGAUAACAAAAAGGAGCACUGGUAUCCUUCACCUUUCAUAGUCUUCAAGGAUCAUGAACAGUUAAACAUGGUGAAAAUAGCUAUCUGGCCAACUCAUAGAAUGAACUUCCAAGACAUGGGAGAAAGGUAUGUCAGAAGAUCCCUUUUGAUUGAAGAGAUGAUCAAGAUUUUCCGUGAACUUGACAUUAAUUACCGUCUCUUGCCACUCGACAUAAACAUUAGAGCCUUGCCUACCACUACUGAAAGGCUUCCACCAAGUUGGUCAACAAUUACAAAUUGAGUAGAACUAGAAGGGAAUUCAUGUAAUUCAUACCCUCAUCUAGUGUGGAACUCCACGGCCUUCACUGCUAGAAAGUGUUAUUUUUCAGCAGGAUAGCAUAAUGUAAAGAGAGUUUUUUUUUUUUGGGUGUAGAUUAGUUGGAUGUGUACUAAAGUUAGUGUGGAGUUGCUGUAGCAAAGCCACGCCUAUCUCGAGUAGUUCUGUUGAAAUUAUUAGUCGCUACCACUUGUAUACUACCAUCUUCAGUCCCAAGAGCUAAUUAAUUUC